AGCAACCAAUUACCAUGGAAGUGAAAAAUAUAAAAAAUCUCCUUUUCCUGCAACUCGUACUAUUCUCGUGCUUUUCAUUCGGAGCUAACACAAACAGUAGUACGAACCAGAAAUUGUCCCUUGGAGAUACCCUUUCUGCAGAGAAAUCCAUAACAAUUGGCGUAACAAUUAUCUCUUCCGGUGGAAUAUUUGAGAUGGGUUUCUUUACGGUAGGUAAUCUUUCCAACAAUUAUUACAUGGGUAUAUGGUAUAAACAAAUAACACCACAAACCGUAGUUUGGGUAGCAAAUAGGGAGACUCCACUUUCUUUUUCCGAAAUGGACUCCGCACAACUCAAAAUUAUACAUGGGAACUUGGUGCUUCUCAACGGGACUGGACUCUCCAUUUGGUCGACAAAUAUCAACUCCAGCGCCACGUCGAAAUCUAUCGUGGCGAUUAUUCGUGAUGAUGGAAAUUUGAUUUUGAAUGACGGGUCCAAUUCAUUGUGGCAAAGUUUUGAUCAUCCGAGCCACACGUUUUUCUCUGGUUCUAAAUUUGGCUACAAUAAAAGAAGUAAAACAAGCCAAGUUCUCACUUCUUGGAAAAACUCUGAAGAUCCUAGUCCAGGACUCUUUUCCCUUGAGGCGGAGCCUAACGGUGAAUUCAUUAUUAGGUGGAACAAGACUGUAAAGUACUGGUCUACUGGACCUUGGAAUGGACAUACAUUCGGCUCGUUGCCUUUGAGACCAAAUUCACAGUACAACUACACAUUUAUAAACAACGACGAUGAGGUCUAUUUCAGAUAUUUUAUUUUAAAUCCUUUAUCCAGGGCAAGAGUAAUACUGGAUGUCUCCGGGGAACUUAAGCAACUGACAUGGAUGAAUAGUAGCAAGCAGUGGAAUGUGUUUUUCACUCAACCAACACCACCAUGUAAUGUUUAUGCAUAUUGUGGGGCAUUCGGUACCUGCAAUCUGAUCGCAAACCGCUCGUGUGAUUGUUUGUCUGGUUUCACUCCUAAGUCAAACACUGAUUGGGAUUUGAAUAGCUUCUCUAGUGGUUGUGAGAGGAAAACAAGUCUCAAGUGUGGUAAUGUAACGGCUGCCAAUUUGGAGCAGGACAAAUUCUGGAGACAUUCUCAUAUGAGAUUACCAGUUAAUAAUCGCACUCUGACAGUUGAUAGUGAAACUGAAUGUGAAUCUAUUUGUUUGAAUAUUUGCUCUUGUACUGCUUAUGCUUUUGAUGCCAAUCAAUGUCUAACUUGGAAUGGAGACCUCUUCAACUUGCAACAACUAUCCGAAGAUGAUGCUACUGGAAUGACGAUUUAUGUCAAACUAGCUGCUUCUGAAUUUUCAGUUCCCAAAGUUGCAGACCAAACGCAUAAGUCAAGAAGGCUAAAAGUUGCUCUUCCUACUACAAUUGCCACUACUCUUUUUCUAUGCAUCUUUGUCUACCUAUUUUAUAGAACAAGGAGAGCAAGAACAAAAGGAAAUCCACGGCCGCACUGGUUGAACACUCAAAAGGGGUCAGGCGACUUAAUAAAUGAGGAGGAUGAGAAAGGCAUCGAUGUUCCAUUCUUUAGUUUGGAAAGCAUUUUAGCAGCGACAGAUAACUUCUCAGAAGAAAAUAAGCUAGGACGUGGUGGUUUUGGUUCUGUUUAUAAGGGGAAGUUUCAUCGAGGACGAGAAAUUGCAAUCAAAAGGUUAUCAGCCCAAUCGGGUCAAGGCAUAAACGAAUUCAAGAAUGAAGUAGUAUUGAUUGCAAGACUUCAGCAUAGAAAUCUCGUUAGACUUAUGGGUUAUUGCGUCCAAGGAAAUGAAAAGAUUUUACUCUAUGAGUAUAUGCCGAACAAAAGUUUAGACACCUUCAUUUUUGACGAAAGACAUCAGGUGUUAUUAGAUUGGAAGAAGCGAUUUGAUAUCAUUUUGGGGAUUGCUCGUGGGCUUCUUUAUCUGCACCAUGAUUCAAGGUUGAGGAUCAUUCAUAGAGAUUUAAAAACAAGUAACAUAUUAUUAGAUAAAGAGAUGAACCCCAAGAUUUCAGAUUUUGGCUUAGCAAGGAUAGUGCAAGGGAAUACUACAGAAGCAAAUACAAACAAAGUUGUUGGAACAUAUGGUUAUAUGUCUCCAGAAUAUGCAUUAGAUGGAUUAUUCUCAAUCAAGUCUGAUGUUUUUAGUUUUGGAGUAAUGAUGCUUGAGAUCACAUGUGGCAAGAGAAAUACAGGAUUUUAUGAGCGAGAGGAAGCCUUAAACCUCCUGGGUUAUGCAUGGAGAUUAUGGAAUGAAGGAAAUGCUAUGAGUUUAAUUGAUGAAUCUCUACUAGAAUCAUGCAAUGAAGAUGAUGUAUUGAAAUGCAUUAAUAUUGCGCUCUUGUGCGUACAAGAAGAAGCACGCAUUCGUCCAAGCAUGCCAGAUGUAAUUAUAAUGCUUGGUAGUGAAAGCAUUUCUCUUCCGAAACCUAAUAAACCUGCUUUUACCGCACGAACACGUGCUUGUAACAGAACGACUUCGUCCUCCAGUAAGUCAUACAUCAACUCCAACAAUGAGUUGACUGUUACCCUAGAGGAGGGCCGAUAGCCUUACAUUCAAAACUGAUUGGGUUUAUCCUAACUAUUAAUUGGCAGAAACUAGAAAGUAUACUCCAUGCAAAGAAGCGGAUAUAUUUCUUUGCAACUUCCGCUAAAAUGAUCAAAUUUGGGUCUCUUUUAUA